UAAAGAAUCAUAAGUACAUGCAACAUAGUCAUAAAUGAUAACAGACACAUCUCGAUUAGAUGAGAUGAUACACACAAGCACCCAAUAACCCAUAGUAAAAGAUCCAAGUCAAGGGACGGAACGUCAGUACUCAGUCACGAACCCUCCCGAACAGCCACCUGCCGAGUCUCCCAUCAAGCUCUAUCCAAUCUCGCGCGCUUCGCCGUCUCCGCCAUCUUCGCAACGACGCGGCGCACAUGCACACAGUCCUCCAUAUGCGUCUCGAGGUCCUUCUUCCCAACCACCUCCUGCGUGCACCCUGCGGCCGGGCACCCGACGUGCUUCGCGUUCAUGUGAUGUAUCAUCAGGUGGUGCGCAAACGUCGCCUCCGUCACCUUCUGCCGGCACCCCAGCGACGCGAGUGCGUCCCAGCGGUCCGCGCACACGAACUCCGCGAACGGGCUCGACGCCUUCGGGAUGCGCGACGACGACGCGAGGCCGAGCCGCGCCUUCGUCGCGCGCGUGGCCUCCGUGAUCGCGGCCGCGCUGGCGAAGUGGUGCGCCGAGUGUAGGUGCGCCUGCAGCUCCUCGAUCUUGCCCCGGACCUCGGUGCCGCACUGGUGCGCGGCGACGCCGGCGCAGGGUGCCGUGCCGGUGCAGAUGCGGCGCUGGCCCACCGAAAUGACGAAUGCGCGUUGGCGCCGCUGGGUCGGGUCGGCCGGCGCUGGGGGGAAGGGGCACGUGCAUGCGUGGGCGGCAUCGGCGAUGUAGAGGCAGGGGAGGGUGCGCGUGUGGCCGAGGCGCCCGGCGUUCUUGACUUGUCGUGAGAUGUAUUCCUUGCGCAUCGCGGUGAGCUUCUCGUCGUCGGCGGGGCGGAUCCUGUUCAAGCGUUCCUUGUCAGUCACAGCUAUGGAGAUAGGACUUGUGUGAUGAGGUACUUACUCUUCAGCUUUGCGCUUGAGAGUGUUGGCGAUGGGUUGCGGGGCGAUCACCGCUUUGGACGAGCCUGCUGUGGCGGCCGGUGCAGGUCGAGGCACGAACACCGCGGUGGUGUCCAUCCACGAAUACUUCUUGAAGUCCAGCCCGUAGUGAUUCUUCUGGAGCUCGACACGACUAUCAGGAAUGUCAGACACGGGAUCUAUUAUGCAGUAGGGAGAAAUGCGACCGACCGUUCACUUUCUUGAGCUUCGGUCACAGCCGCACUCGCGGUUUCUUUGCCCUUGCCCUUUCUCGACCGCUUCGGCUUCGGCUUCGGCUUCGGCUGGGUGGUGGCGGGUGUCGCAGCGCCGGAGGAUUCAGCAGCUGCUUGGCCCACCCGCGCCGUCUGCUUCGUCUUCUUCUUGCUCCCUCGCGCAGGCGAGACCGGCGUCGUCGUCGUCGGCGCCGUCGUUCCGAGGGACUUGCGUCGACUGCGUUCGGAAUUGAGGGGCUGGGUCGGGACUGCGUUCUCCGCAACGAAUCGGGCGCCCACUGACUGCGCGGGCUUGUCGUCGGACAUGACGUCGUUCGAUGGGGCGGCGGGCAGCGAGGAGUUCAGGGCGAAGAUCGGAAGUUGGAAGCGCGGGGUGGCAUUGCUGGCCUCGACCAGGUUGGUUUCAUGUCGCGAGUUGUUGUUUGUGGGUGCAGUAGGGCGGGUGGGGAGUGGUAGAACCUCGAUCAUGUCGUCGUCGUCGUCGUCGCCGAACAGCUCAGCCUCGAGACUCUUGUCCAGAGUCUGCGCAUGCUGGCUGCUGUCGUUCAGAGCAAAGAUGGGAACGGAAUACGCAGCGAAGCCGAACGCCGGGUCGUCCCCAUCUUCCUCAGCACCAAAGAGUUCAACCUCGAGACUCUGGUCCAUCGCGUCGUGGGAGUCGUCGGCAGCGCCAUGCCAUGCGGUGGAAGUCUCGUUCAUUGGGUUGUCGCUGCCGGCGCCUUCGAAGCGCUCCAUCUCAGCUUGCAGCUUGCGCUCGAGGUCGUCCAUCCCAUCCCCGAGCUCCACUCCUGCACACUGCUCGUCCCCCGCCAGCUGCUGGAACCCAAGCUCAAGCUCCCGAUCCAAGUCCAUAUCAUCCUCCGAAGACACGUCGAAGAUCUCAUAGGAGUCGCAGUUGACCGCAGGAGCGCUUACGGCGGCGCAGAUGGUGGACGGCGACGAUCUGUUUCUGGGGACAAGCCUGCUCUGAUGGGUGCGUAUUCCCGACUGUUGCAUAGUAGCGCGAUAUGAUAGAGCAAAUAGCCUGACCGUGCAAUGAUGUGCUACGCUAUAUAAAGGGUCUCCCGACAUGUCUGCGAAGCGCACAGCAACAUAAAGACGAGCCCACGAAUUCUCGGAGUGCAUCCCAAAAAGGCAAUCUAUGAUUGGAACACAAUGCAAAAUGUGGGUGCCGCGAGUUCCGCGGAAGCUGAUCAUGAUCAGGAUGACCGGAAGCGGAAGAACAAUGCGAUAAUGAAAGGAAACUAGGGGAGAUCGUCCGCCGCACUGCGUCUUCGCGGUUGCCAUCAGGCUGGCGUUUGGGGUCGUCCUGCCUGCAAGUUUCAAAAGAUAUGCUUCUUCUUGCUUUAUCCGUCACCAGGCUACCUCAAGACACUGAUUCAAUCCAAGCCUGGAGUUUCUAGAGGACAUCGUCUCAGUUUUUGAGAGUGUGAGAAUACGGAUCACUCGUCCGUGCCUUGGGGGAUCUCCGAUCAGUGGCGAUGCAUUAGAUCGCGCGGCCGGUAACUAAACACCUCAUUGCUCGUAUAGGAAAUUCUUUGUCGGAUCACUGCCAUGAGUGAUCGCAUCAAUGCGGGACUCCACGAAUUGGUUGCUCCCGACGACGCACGCCCCAUUCGGCUGCGAACGCACAGCCUUCCUAACCCGAGUUGUUAGAUUCAAUACAUUGUCCUCUGCAGGAUUGCCCGUUGGGUGCCGGCACGGAAUGCCCCCCUUCGAAGCCCUGCCGUGCGCGGGGCGUUGACGACGGAUGAGCAUCACAACCCUCUAAUUCCCUGAUAUGGCUUCGGCGCACCUUAUUGUCUUCCCGACCAUCGAUGGCAUCAGCGCGCAUCAGGACCAUUCUUUCCAUUGUCCCCAUCACGUGCACAUUCAAACCGGGGGCGAUUUGGCCCCCCUAUAUAUGUAUUACCGCGUCAGGAGGCGCUGGUUACCACUUUCUGUCCCUCUUCUGCCGCUGCUAUGGACCCGAUCACCGACAAGUCUCGUCUCACCCGCCUCGGGCACGUCGUGGACACGGAGGACGCGCUGAUUCCGGCGCGUCGGGACGGCCAGUUCUGGCACCGCGACGGCGAUGUCGUGGUCGUCGUUGCCGGGCUGCAUUUCAAGAUUACGCACGACUUUUUGUUCGCCACGGACGAGAAUGGCGAGCCGCUGCCUGACGUCAUGAAUCCCUUCACCCGGAACCGACUCCCGGCGCUGUUCGGUGCGCGCGGGACGCCGCAAGACCCGGUGCCGAUGUUUUUUGUUGAGGUGCACGAGAUGCGGGACUUCCUACGAUUUGCGUAUGCCCGAACCAAAGACAUCGCCAAGUUCCGCGGAUUCACGAUCAUGCAGCUCGUCAACGCGACCUCGCUGGCCCUCCAGCUCCAGCGGCGCGACUUCAUCGAUUACGCGCUCGAGGCGCUCCCCGAUCUGCUCUCCGCAGACUCUUCGCAUCGCCUGCGGCACUGCACCGCCGCCGAGUACCGCGCGCUCCUGCGCCUCAAUCGCCGGCUGCCGAUGCCCGACCUCAAGCCCAACUACCCGUUCGAGGAGGACGUGUCCCAGACGUACGCGUGGCGCUUCGACAUGCAGGCCCCGUUCGACAUCGGGACCGCGCUCGACUUUGGCGAGGAGCUGGGGCUGCGCACGAUGCUCGGGCACGUGUACUACGAGGUGCGCAAGCGCAUGGACGCCGAGGACGACAAAAAGGAAGAGGACGACGACGACGACGACGAGGAUGAAGACGACGAGGACGUGUUCAGCUCCCCGAAGCGCGAGAACUCCUGCGUCGCGCGGCUUGCGCCGAUCCACCGCCAGCGCCUCUUCGUCGGCGCGCUCUCGCUGCACAGCUUCUGGCUGCGCACGAUGCUGCGCGCGCCGGCGCUCCCCUGCGCCGACCGCGACGUGUGGCGUGCCGCGUGGCACAGCGCGUGCGUGCAGGUGUGUUCCGAGAAGGGCAGCGCGGACGUCCUGGCGAAGCUCGAGCACCUGCGCGUCGUGCUCGAGGACAAGGUGUGCCCGACGAUCUGGAGCCCGGCCGAGGCGGCCGUCGCCGCUAUCAUCAAGGCCUUCCGCCUGUCGCUGCCGAGCCACUUCUUGGGUCCGGCGAACGAGGAGGAGGAGGAGGCGGUGUUCUGCGACUCUUCCGACGAGGAGGAUGCGUGGGAGGAAGGGUCGACUGAGGGGGACGAGGACGAGGACGGCGAGGACACGAUCCGGGUCAGCUUUCAAGCCACGUCAAUCCCCUCGAAGAACGAGCACGGCGAUGAUCAAGAUGCUCUGUCCGAAGACGAUGACGAGGAUUUUUUUGAAGACGAGGAUGUUUGCAUGUCCAGUGGGCGGGUCGAUUCCGACGUGAUCAUGCACGAUGUGCACACGGAAGGUGUGGACGACCACGAGAUGCCGUUCUGGGGCCCGGUCUUCUCUUGAGUAUAUGCUUCUCUCAUGCUGUGUUCUGUAUAUAAUUGUCCUGUCUGCUUGUAUAUCGUCCGUGUUGUGUCGUCCAUCGCUGCUGUACUUGUUUUCGAGAUAUGCUGAAAUGAAUUCUGGUGCUGCUGGGAUCAAGUGACAG